GGUAGGUAGCCAUGUAGCUUCUGGGAAAGCUCCUGCUGGGUAAUGGUAGUAGGUAGCUAUGUUCAACGUCUAUAAAAGCUGUGCCAGGGAGCUCUCUCUCUGAUCCAUCGCCAAUCCUUGCGGCGUCAAUUUCCUCCCAAGAUUGGCAGAGAUAUCGCUGUCCUCCAAUGUCUUCUCCGGAUAUUCAGGACGCACCCCCAUAUAAGGUUGCUCCCGUAACAAAGAUUCGAGUCGAGCCAAGCAAGGCAUUAAAGUCUCCUUUCUUGGUGAAACGACAAUAUAUUCCUAGACCAGACACCAAAAUACUGAAGCGUUUGUAUCAUGACAUUACUACCACUAUCCCAUCACCUAUAUGGCAAAAGCGGUUCAAAAAUCUUCCGGAAUUAGUGAAGAUUGAAGAAAACAUGAACACCGAGCAAAAAAAAGAAAAAAGAAAAAACGAUGAUUAAUUGGCUAAGCAUUGUUGUUAGCGACAUGAAGAGAGAGGAUGCUUGUGAUUUUUGGAAAACCAUGUGUCUCUGUUGGAGGCAUUAUGUUGAUCCAAAAUGGGCAGAAAAAUCAAUGAGUGGGCAUUCGGAUCCCAAGGAUCUUAAAAAAAUAUUCUAUGAAUCAGUACUGUAUAAUGUUUCACAAUCACAUAUGGUAUUCAUUCCAGUCUUUCAUGAUCACCAAUGGACUUUAUACGCUUUCAACAUGUGUGAUCAGAAGCUCAGUAUUCUGGACUCUCGACCAGAUACCACCAAAGGUGUUGAUCCCACCGAGCGUCACCAGGAAACAAGAUGCAACAUCUGUGAUGCACUUACCGUAACCAUGAACUAUGCAAUUAAUUUUCGUAGCUGGGAGUACCAGUUUCCCAAAGUACCUAGACAACAGGACAGUUAUAGUUUGGAUAGUGGAUUUUUUGUAUUCAAUUUCAUGCGCUUGUGGGAUGGACAUCAACUUGUUCGAUGGUUUCCGAUUGAAUCAACGGAGCUGCGGAAGGAUUUUCUGGCAUACAUAGUCUUGUGCAAGGAACAUCUGCCCGGAAACAAGGAACAUCUGCCCGGAAACAAGGAACAUCUACCCGGUAACAAUGAGCAUCUUCCCGAUAACAAUGAACAUCUGCCUGAUAACAGUGAACAUCUGCCUGUUAAAGUUCUGAUUAAUAAACUUCCUGGGAUGAUGAUGGAUUGCACAAUACAGGAUGUUGCGAGUGGUAUUGCGGCAGUUCGAAAGGGCCCAGAUGUAGAAACGCCUGAUCAAGAAUUCUCUGAUUUCCUCAAUAACUGUCAUCGAGUCACCUCCGACGGUGACGGGGUGUUUCACAUCGCUGCAAGGUUUCACAACGUUGGAACAGUGAGGGAAAUGAAUACGAGGGCCAGAGAAGUCGCAGGAGCGCUCUUAGCAGCAGCGAACGACAGAGGAGAUACAACACUGCAUUGUGCGGCUGCUGGAGGGAGCGAUGUUAUGGUCAAUUAUAUUUUGGACGAUAUGAUGCCACAUAUGAAUCAAGUUACUAUGACCAAGUUUCUGAGUGCCCAAAAUCUCAAAGGAGAGACGUGCUUGCACGAGGCAGUGCGCCACGGACAUGUGGAGAUUGUGAAGAAACUUAUUAAGAAGGACUUGGAACUUGCCGAAGUUGGCAGGCUCAUGCUGGUGCAGAUAGUGGACAAUGAGGAUAUAUCUCCACUCUACUUGGCUACCACUUUACGAAGGGUUGCUAUUGUUCGGGAGCUCACAGAAAGGCCAGACGAGCAAGAUGAUAUGUAUAUGGCGUCCUGGAAAGGACCUGCAGGGAAAACAGCGUUGCAUGCUGCUGUGGUUCUCCUAGACAAAGGGCUGGUUAAGACUCUGCUGAACUGGAAUGGAGGUCUUACUAAGCAGGUAGAUGAUGAAUCUGGGAGCACUCCUCUGCACUUUUUGGCAUCGCUCUCCUUCCAACGCAGGGAACGCAAUAGUAUCGUGCAAUACCGCUACAAGAGGCUGCAUUUCUUGACUUAUCUAAGGGAGUAUCUACGUUGCAAACCAGCCCAAGACUCUAGUAUCGUGAAACUUGUUAUGGGUGAACGUCAAGAUUCUGCCUUGCAUGCAGACUUUUCAGGAUCAGUGCCCAUACACAUAGCUGCUGCGCAUGGGAGACUUGAUAUUGUUACUAAGUUGCUUGAGGAGUGUCCCUAUUGUGAGUCAUCACGCAAUGCUUCUGGCCAGACGUUUCUUCAUGUCGCAGUCGAGAAAGAAAAGCUUGACAUUGUAAAAUAUGUUUGUAAAGCAAAGAAAUUCAACAAAAUUCUGAACGCAGAGGAUCAAGAUGGGAAUACAGCCCUUCAUCUGGCUGUAAUUAAGGCAAGUGAGAAUGCCGUAAAUACCACAAGUGAGAAAAUCUUCUGUACUUUAAUGUCGACCACGGAUGUUGGCCUCAGUUUUGCAAACAAGGAGGGGUACACGCCUCUUGAUCUAGCAUUCUUGAGCCUUCACCCGGAAGUGAUCUGCAUGAAGGGGCCUCGGGAAUGGAUAUAUUUCGACUUGUUAAACAGCAGUGGUGAAUUCGGUGUCGGUGGUUGGGACCGCCUGGCCGGAGAUCUCGUUGAACCAGACUGGGAGAAGGAAUCAGAAAGAGUAGGCAAGUCGGCGUCCAUGCUGGCCCUGUCAGUGCUCAUCCUGAACGCAUCAUUCUUGGUACCCUUCAGCGUGCUUAACCGCAUGGACAAAUGGGGAGUUGAUCUGGACCAACUGCAGGGUGCUCGUGCGAUUCUGUUCCAAACCUUCGUGGUUUUCGAUUCCAUUGCAUUUGCUUGCUCUAUCAUGGCCACUUAUUUCUGCGCCUCCGCGGGCUUUGCCAUGCUGGAUGGCCUGGCACGCCUGAAGAACCUGAUGAGCUGAACAUUUUAUGUUAUCAUGGCAGCCCCGGCUCUGAUCAUUGCCGUGGCUCUAGCACUGUACCUGGUGCUACCUUUGAUGACCUUUGCUUUGCCCAUUAUUAUCGCAGGCUUUGGUAUUUUACUAAGCUUCAUCUUCGGCUUCUUCAAAUCCAAGAUCGCGUCAAUUGGGGCUCAUCUAUCAGCUGUGCAGGCUAGGGUUGGGUUUCCAAAACUGGCGCGCAUCUUAUUGUUUCAGCGCAGUGCUAUAAAACCACUGUGGGUGUUUCCUUCAGCUUCAACCAGGCUGUUUUGGGUAGUAGCAGCUGCCUUCUUUGUGUGUUUCAUACCAUCCUCAGUUGUCCAAGUUUUUCAACAAAACAGCAGUGUCUAAGGUUUUCCCUUUACUCCCUGUAUUUUUUUGUUUUCUCAAUUGUUUCAUCAAUAACUGGCGUGGUGACUUCAGGCUAGAUUUAUGUGAAGCUGUUUUUUGCAUUCAAAUAUAUGCCUUUGCUGUUGAACUUAAUAUUGUUCAAUUGUGUAUCAUGAAAAAUUGGUUGAAUAUGCACAAUCAUUAUAGGUAUUGUGGGAAAAAAACUCAUUUUUAACUAAGGUCUAACACUUGCUCGUAUAUUUACACGUCCUGAAGUGUAAUGAUUGUGCCUGAUGCAUGAGUAUUUUACUGCAAAUUUCAUAUCAGGAUGCAUAGAUAGAAAUUAAAGAAAUGACAUCAAUGGUUUCUACUGCAUAGAAACACUACAUUUUCACUGGAACAUUUUUCACACAUGCACAUACCUGAUCACAUAUAUCUAAUUUCUCCUUUUACUUUUCAUGGAAGAAAACUGCGUGGCAAGGCACGCCUAACCUUGAGUAAUCAUAGUAGAUGGCCGCAGCGAAAGAACAACACCCAGAUCGGGCAAAGCUUUGGUAGAGUCCUAAUUGAGAUCUAGUACAAGAUAGACAAUUGUGUUCUUGAUUCCUUUCAUCAUGCUAUAUAUUGCUCCCUCACUUCAG